AUGGCCAAAUUCACCAAGCGCGGGAAAGUCGUGAUAGCAUGUGCUGUGUUUCUGUAUGUGCUGGUUUCAAGCCAGAUCAGCAGCUGGAGAUUGAGUUCUGACUUUUAUACUGGGUUUAAAACGCUACUUCCGACUACGUCCAAUACCAAAGACAUCAACCUACGGGAGUAUCGACCGGAAAACCUGCGACAGGAGUCAGUUGCUAGUUUGAGAUCGCAGCUGACGCUGCAGUUCCCGUAUGAUGCGUCACAACCGAUGCCGCAAAGGGUGUGGCAGACUUGGCGAACAGCAUUGGACUCGCCCAAAUUGUCACCGGAAUUUCGCAAGUAUAGCGGUCUCUGGAACGAAGCAGCUACGGAGCAGCAAUUGGGUGAGUAUGCCCUGAUACCAGAUAGCCACAUGCCUGCGCUCCUUCAAAACCUAUAUGGUGCAGUCCCGCAGGUCAUUCAGGCGUUCGAAUCCCUUCCGCUUCCAAUUCUCAAAGCUGACUUUUUCCGAUACCUGAUUCUCUACGCACGCGGUGGUAUCUAUUCGGAUAUGGAUACGUUCCCGCUGAAACCACUGGACACAUGGCCCUCGAUCGCAUUAAACAAUAAACCUCAUGCACGGUUGCCUAUCCAGUAUAGAGGACUGAAGCCAGAACGCAUUGGUUCGGCUCCUGAACCGGGUUUCGUAGCCGGAAUAGAAGCCGAUCCUGACAGGCUUGAUUGGAAUGAUUGGUACGCGCGUAGAAUUCAAUUCUGCCAGUGGACCAUUCAGUCGAAGCCAGGUCAUCCUCUUUUGAGAGAGUUAAUCAUAAACAUUACUGCUACCACGCUUGCUAGCACUAAUGUUAAUAGCAAAGUUCCGGCCCCAGCGUUCAUCAUUGAUGAAGAUCAUAAAAGUGACUAUUUGGUGAAUUGCCGCGAUAAAAGAAGGUUUGAUGAUAAAUUUCCAGCAAAUCAGAAAAAAACAUCCAAAAACGCUGAUAUGACUGAUACCAUGAACUGGACAGGGCCUGGUAUUUUCACAGACGCUAUUUUCAACUACAUCAACAACCUUGUCCAAACUAAUACGGACAUAUCCAUCAUCAACAAUAACUUGGGGACAGACCGCCAAGGCGGCUCUAAGACACAACAAUUUUACCGGAAAAUCACUCAAGGCCUCGAGUCUAGUGCUACUUUUGUCAAGGAGUUUUUCACUUUGAUCGAGGAACCGGUUAUGAUCGAUGACGUUAUGAUUUUACCCAUCACCAGCUUCUCACCAGGUGUUGGUCAAAUGGGUGCCAAGAUGGAUGACGACGAAAUGGCGUUUGUUAAGCAUAUGUUCGAGGGUUCGUGGAAAACCGAUGGAUCUUCUAAAAUAAGCCCUCCGCCACAGCAGGAAGCUGCCGAUGAUGCUUGA